AUGGCCGCCUUCCUGUUCUCCUUAGAAACACAAACAUCCAUUGGAUAUGGAUUCAGAAGUGUGACAGAAGAGUGCCCGUUAGCUGUGUUGACUGUGGUGUUGCAGUGCAUUGUGGGCUGUAUUAUUGAUGCCUUCAUUAUUGGAGCCAUCAUGGCAAAAAUUGCCAAACCCAAAAAGAGAAAUGAAACUCUUGUGUUCACAGAAAAUGCAGUGAUUGCUCAAAGAGAUGGAAAACUGUGUCUCAUGUGGAGAGUGGCUAAUCUUCGCAAGAGCCAUCUAGUGGAAGCCCACGUACGAGCUCAGCUUCUACAGCCUAGAGUCACGCCUGAAGGAGAGUACCUACCACUGGACCAUACAGAUAUCAACGUUGGGUUUGACAAUGGCACAGACAGAAUCUUCCUUGUGUCUCCAGUUACCAUUGUCCAUGAAAUUGAUGAAGAGAGCCCCCUGUAUGAAAUUGGUAAAGCAGACUUGGAUACAGCUAACUUUGAACUAGUCGUCAUCCUUGAAGGCAUGGUAGAAGCUACAGCAAUGACCACGCAAUGCCGUAGUUCGUAUCUUCCAUCUGAAAUUCUUUGGGGGAGUCGAUUUGAACCAGUCUUGUUUGAGAAACGUAAUCAUUAUGAGGUGGACUACCUACACUUCCAUCGUACUUAUGAAGUCCUCAAUACUCCCACAUGCAGCGCCAAAGAGCUUUCUGAAAGGAAAUAUUCCAUGGUGACCCGCAGUUCAUUUUGCUAUGAGAAUGAAGUAGCUCUUAACUGCAUCUGUGAUGAGGAACCACCUGCUCUUGUGCACACAAAAUCAUUGAAUGCUGAAGUAUCUCUUGAGUUAGACAUGCUUAGGGUGGUGGAUCCCCUAGAUGAAAUACUGCUAACAUGA